UGACAAGCAAAGCCCUCGAUGUAGGAACUUUAAUGCGCCCGAGUUCGUGUUUCCGCCCGGUUCGUCCUGUCGCGGGUCACGCCGCCGCUAUGCUCCGUAAAGCGCUGGGAAGCUCCGCUUUCCGUCUGUCCCUGGGUCUGGGGCUUCAACGUGGCAGGGUCCUAGGAGCGAUUUUUCCGGGGAUCCCCGCGAGUGCAUGCCGUGUACACAGUCCCCAACCCAACGGAACAAGACGCCAUGAACUGGUGCGCACAGAUGGCAGCACCGUGUGUAGUCUGCACCACUACAGCACGGGUUCAUCAUCACGGACUACUCUGGACCCCAGCGAGUUCAAGAAAUUUCAGGCUCUGGCCAGCAGGUGGUGGGAUGAGCGAGGAGCUUUUGCAGCUCUUCACUCCAUGAACAGCCUCCGGGUGCCCUUUGUAAGGGACAAUCUGCUGAAGAUCCACCAGGGCCUGCAAGGAGGGAGGCUCCUGUCCGGGAUGAGGAUACUGGAUGUAGGCUGUGGAGGAGGCCUGCUGAGCGAGCCCCUGGCUAGACUGGGUGCUGAUGUUAUGGGCGUGGACCCGGUGGAGGACAACGUGCGGAUUGCGGAGCUCCACAGCUCGUCUGACCCGGCCCUGCGGGAGCGGCUCCAGUACCGGGCUUGUACCAUCGAAGAGCUGUCCAGCGAAGAGAGAGAGGCGUUUGAUGCCAUAGUGGCAUCCGAGCUGGUGGAGCACCUGCUGGACGUGGACGUGUUCAUACAGUGCUGUCACCAGGUGCUGAAGCCUGGGGGUUUGCUUUUCAUCACCACCAUCAACAAGACCAAACUGUCAUACGUGCUGGGCAUCGUGGUAGCUGAGCACCUGCUACACAUCGUCCCCCCCGGCACCCACACCUGGGAGAAGUUCAUCAGCCCUGUUGACCUGGAGAGGAUGCUGGAGUCCAAUGGCUUCUGCGUGGAGUCCAUCCAAGGCAUGCUGUUCAACCCGCUGUCGGGAUCCUGGAGCUGGGCGGAGAGCACGGCGCUUAACUACGCCCUCUGCGCCGUGAAGGGGAGGGAGGAACAGCCACCCAGCCACACCCAUGGGCCGGAGCAGCAGCGGACCCACGACGGAGGUGCGGCCGACCAGGAGCGCAGGGAGAGCUGACCGCAUCGUGGAUUCUGACGGCGGAUCGAGGCAGCGGGUACUGGGUCCCAUCUGCCUCAUUUCUAAACAAGCUCCGGAGACCCAUAGCGUUGGCGCGGUGUGACAUCAUCUGGGGGUGGGGUAGGUGAAGGAGGUCCCCAGACCACGGGUCCCCAGGCUGAGGACAGCAGUCUGUCGAGCUUGACACUAAGUGCGUCUGUAUGAAAGCGUGCCUCUCUUUUCGAUUUCAGUAUGACUAUAUGGUUAUAUAGAAUAAAACUUAUUUUUGUUAUGAUGUAGGGGGAAAAGUCUUGGAUUACAGUUUGAAUAAAAUUCUGAUGAACUCCA